AGCUGAACUGGAGCGGUCACAGCAUCAGCUGAGAAGAGAUGGCCUCUGCAUGUCCCCCUGCGGCCUCCACACAGCCCGCCUUGCCCUCCGGACCCACCGUUUUCAAAACCAUCCCCUACGCCUUCAUCCUACCGGAGAUACUCUGCGGGACCUGGGUGUGGAUCCUCGUUGCUGCUACCUCCGUCUCCUUCCCAUUGCUGCAGGGAUGGGUGAUGUACGUGUCCCUCAGCUCCUGCCUCAUCUCCCUGCUGCUCCUCCUCAGCUACCUCUUUGGCUUUCACAAAAACAGCGAGAACUGGAAAGUGCUGGACAGUUUGUACCACGGCGCCACAGCCAUUCUGUACAUGAGUGCUGCUGUCUUGCAAGCCAAUGCGACCAUCCGCUCUGAGUUCGGUUCCAACUCGCCGCUUCACUACCAGCUCAACUGCGCCGCAUCGUUCUUUGCCUUCAUCACGACCUUCCUGUACAUCCUCCAUGCCUUCAGCAUUUACUACCAGUGAGCCCGGCAGCACCAGCUUCACCUCUGCAGGAUGAGGGCUUUCCCAGCGCGAGGGAUGCAGCUUUCUUCCAUCAAGG